AUGUUGAGAGAUAUGUUUGAAAAAUAUAAAUUCAAGGGAUCGGCCGGUGGAGAAAAUAUAAAAGAAGAGAAACGCGUACUAAUUGCAAGGGACAAUCUAGGGACUGUCACUGUAAUUUUAGAUGAGGGACCAUUUUACUAUCUAAAAAAUUUUGGCGGUAAACUAAUAAUACCAUUUGAAGUAUCGUCUAUAGUUGGUGUAAUAGAAUUGGAGUAUUGGCUUUAA